GAAUAAUAUUUAAAAAAAAAAAAAAAAAAAGACUUCCUUCAAUCCUUCUACGGCAAAGUCAAGCGCUCACGGCUUUCCUCCUCCGGCCGGAUUCGGUGGCCUCCAAAUUAGACUCUGUCGCCGGCGUCCGGAAAUUAAGAUGGGAAAGGUAGCCGUCGCAGCGAUUGUGAGCUUGUGGGUCAUUCCCAUCUCCAUUCUUGUAAAUCGUAUUGUGCCUCAUCCAUACAUGGACGAGAUAUUCCACAUACCUCAGGCUCAACAGUAUUGCAAAAGCAAUUUCAGAAGCUGGGAUCCCAUGAUUACAACUCCUCCUGGCCUGUACUAUCUUUCACUUGCCCAUGUUGCUUCUUUGUUUCCAGGGAUGUUCUACAUGAAAGGGGCCUCCUCGGUUUCUGAUUUGUGCUCUGUCGAAAUCCUUCGAUCCGUAAAUGGUGUUUUGGCCGUAGUAUGCAGUAUUCUUGUGUACGAGAUAAUCACCCACUUGAGACCAGCCCUUGAUGAUAGAAAAGCAACGUUUUACUCGGUGGUGCUGGCCUUGUACCCUCUCCAUUGGUUCUUCACGUUUCUCUAUUAUACAGAUGUUGCGUCGCUUACCGCUGUGCUUGCUAUGUACCUUGCUUGUUUGAGGAAGAACUACUGGUUCAGUGGACUGGUUGGUGCCUUGGCAGUUACCAUUCGUCAAACAAAUAUUAUAUGGAUGCUUUUUGUUGCAGGCAGUGGGAUUAUAAAUAUUACUUCAGACAAACAACGAGAUAAAGUAGAUACUGAUAAUUCUGGUGCCUCGAUAAGGAAACAUGGUCAGCGAGCUCCUGAAAAUAGGAUCAUUUCUGGCUCAAACUUGAGACAGCGAAAGAUUGGUGGUACAGAUGAUACUACUGUACAUUUGAAAUCCAUUGGAAGUGCCUCUUCGAGAAGUUGCAUGCCAGGUUUGGUUGAUGAGAUUGUGGCUAUAUGUUUAGCAAUUUUGCAUACAAAGAAGAAGCUUUUAGUUUCUUUUGCGCCCUUUAUCAUAUUAUUGGCGGCGUUUGUUGCUUUUGUUCGUUGGAAUGGGAGUGUGGUUCUCGGUGCAAAAGAAGCUCAUGUAGUUUCUCCGCAUUUUGCACAGAUAUUGUAUUUUGGUCUGUUUUCUGCUCUUCUUAUGGCUCCUCUAUACUUCAGUUUCGGACAAGCUGUAACUUUCUUUUGCUCAUUCUGGAAGAAGAAGCCACAUAGUUUCUUUCAAGCACUUUUGGCACUUAUUGCCGGCUUCAUCUCUGUUCAUUUUUUCAGUAUAGCUCAUCCAUAUCUUCUUGCCGAUAACCGGCAUUACCCCUUCUACUUAUGGCGGAAAGUGAUCAAUGCUCAUUGGUCAAUCAAGUACCUCUUGGUCCCGCUUUACGUCUAUUCAUGGCUUUCCAUCGGCACCAGAUUGGGCAAAUUUCAGAGGAAGAUCUGGGUGUUGGGAUAUUUUUUGGCGACUGCUGCAGUUCUGGUGCCUGCUCCACUAAUUGAGUUCAGAUACUAUACAAUCCCAUUCUUUUUGUUGAUAUUGCAUUCACAUAAUAAUGAUCUCCUGAGUUGGCUUCUCAUGGGGUCUUUGUAUUUGGCCCUCAAUGUCUUUACAAUGAUAAUGUUCUUGUAUAGACCAUUCCAUUGGGACCAUGACCCUGGGACCCAGAGGUUUAUUUGGUAGAUGCGUCUCACCAUACGGUAAAGACUCAGAUCACAUGUCCAAUUUCGGUGUCUAUAUGGUAAAGCCUCAUCAGAUUUUUUGCAAAGGCCUUUAGCCAAGUUAUGAGGAAAAAAAAAAUUUUGUUUUAUUUUCCCACUAAUUCUCAUUUUUUGCAGCUUGCUUAAGUAUGGAAAUGAAAAUUCAUUUUGUAUACUAAAUUUGUACGACACAUUAAGCUAUGUGAUAGUUUGUGAUGUU